GCAACAUAAUUGCAUCUGCGCGUGUUCAGCACGAGCGAUAAAUAACGUCGGAAUUGAUAGAUGGUUCGAAGAGGCUCGUAGUUUUGUCGUUGAAGCUCGCUGUCAUUCCAAACAAUCAAGUGACGAAUCGAAUCGUAAAAAAGUCCAUUUCACUUGCAAUUUUCACUGCUCACUAAAUUUUCUCGAACAAUUAUUUAUGACGUAGCUGAACGAGGAGGUCGGGUUGCUCCAAACGUUAAAAAAUGAAAAAAAGCAGCAGCAAAACAAAUGCAGAUGCGACGACAAAGCAUUCCGAGUCAAUGUUUAUCACACUAUUUUCCCCUCUUUUUAUCUCUCGCCACUUUUUGCUGUCCUCACACAUUCCAUCCGAUUUGCACGCCGUAUAAAAGAGCAAGUUUAACCUUCCGGAGUAUUUCUGUCUCCUAUGAGCUCAUCCGGCGAGUUUUAGUCGUGGCGAUUGACCGGAGUGUGUCAAAACCGUUUUCCUGCCAUCGAAAAUAGAUUUCGUGAAUAUCGAGGAUUUUCACAUUCUUCAAAGCAGAAUUCUCAGUCGCGAGUUCAACAAGUCAAAGGGAAUAAAAAUGCUGCUUGGACGACGAAGUUUCUUGCUGAUAUUCGUGCUGGGACUUUUCGCACGAUCGUGCUGUCAAAGCAACGAGGACUCUUCGAAUGACGAGAGCAACGAGAGCGAGCUCAUUGGAACGUACAGGACCCCGAUCGAGAGAUUGUUGCAGGGAUUCCUGGGCGUAGUGAGCGAAGUCCAGGGCCGAGCUUCGAACGGAAGCAGCGACGGUAUCGGUGGAUUCCUCAACAAAAUCGUCCCCAAGCCCAUUAAAAACGUUCUCGAACCGGUUGAAAAAAUUACGAUCAAAGGUUUCGGUGACCUUCUCAAUCAUUUCGAGGAUCGAUUUCACGCUAUUUAUCCUGGAACUCUCUGGUGCGGCGGCGGAAACAUCGCGAAGAACGACGACGACCUCGGCGUGUUCGCAGCAUCCGACGCCUGCUGUCAGGCCCAUGACAAGUGCCCGGAAAAUAUCGAAGCCGGAAAUAGCCUCGGACCGCUGCUCAAUAACGGGGCUUUCACCAGAUCCGCUUGCUUCUGCGAUCAGCAGUUUUAUCACUGCCUCAAAAACGUGAGCAGCCCCAUCGCCACCAACAUUGGAAUCACGUACUUCAAUGUCCUCAGACCACAAUGCUUCGCACUGGAGUAUCCGAUCGAAAAGUGCGCGAGACACGCGAGGAAUAGAAUCGUCGACCGAAAAUGUGCGGUGUACAAACUGGACACGUCGAAAAACAAGACUUUGGAAUGGUUCGACAAUCCGGACUGGUGAAUGUCGACAUUGGACUCAAGUUUCCUGCUGAGCUGUUCUCGCUGUUGUUUUUAUUUUUGUUGUUGGAUAAAUUAAAAGAAAUGUUGUUACCAA